UCCAUUUACAGAUAAAUUUACAUUCCGAUUUCUAUUUUCUCUCUGGAGGAGUUUUUGACCUCUCCUCUCCCCUCCCCUCCCCUUUUCAAUUUGGUGCUCUUCAAGGAAAGUUCACAAAGCAGGAGCGUUCAACUCCAGCUGAUUGAAGUUCUCAUCUCUACUUCUGCUGACAUGUUAUGCUGAGUGAUCUGGCUGACCCGGUUAAUAUUAUAAAUAUGGAUUGCAAUAAAGAUGAAGCAACCAGGGCAAAGUUAAUUGCUGAGCGCAAGUUAGAGCAGAAGGAUUAUCUCGGUGCAAAGAAGUUAACGCUGAAAGCUCAAGCUUUAUAUCCAGAGCUUUAUGGUAUUAACCAGCUGCUGACAAUCUUGGAUGUGUAUCUAUCUUCAGAGAAGAUACGUGGGGAAGUAGAUUGGUAUCGAGUGCUAUGUGUGAACCCUUUAGAUGAUUACGAUACCAUAAAAAAGCAGUUCAGGAAGCUGGCACUCAAGCUGCACCCAGAUAAAAAUACUUCUGUUGGGGCAGAUGGCGCAUUUAAACUCAUAUCAGAAGCCUGGAAUUUUCUAUCUGAUAAAGAAAAGAGAUCGGCAUAUAACCAAAGGAGGGGACAUGGGGGAGUCCAAAAGACUGUCCCAACACAUACCGGUGGUCCAUCAGCACCAUGCGGGGCAUGGAAUUAUGCUUAUACUCAGCCAAGUCAGCAGAAUGUUCCAUCAGCAUCACCCCGGCAAAGUAGAAAGAAAGUUCCUUCUGUACCAUCCCAGCCAAGCCAACAGAAAGUUCCUGGACACACUGGUGGUCCAUCAGCUGCAGCACAUACUGCUGGUCCUUCUUGUACAACUUCAACCAGGAAGUCAAAGAAUAAAACUGCGAAGAAGGCUGGGACUCAAAAUCCGGCUCCCUACCAUGUUAGACCUGAUGCCUUUUGGACUGUCUGCCAUGGAUGCAAUACUCAUUUUGAGUAUCUUAAGAUGUAUUGCAGCCAUACUCUUCUUUGUCGCAUUUGUGAUAAGCCGUUUCUGGCUUUGGAGAUAGCACCGCCUGUAUUUUCCAAAUCAGCCAAACCGGUUCCAUGGGUUCGACGGGAGCAUUCACACACAAGUUAUCCUGGUCAAAAUGCUUGUGAUCCUAAAGGAAAAGCUGCAGCUGCUCAAAACCCAGAAGCAGGCCAAACCAGUCCCAGUUCUUUUGUGUAUACAAACUGUCAGCAGGGACCCCUUCCUGAAACAGCUAAUACUGCUGCUGAAAAACCAGACAAUGUUGUUCAGCAGGCGCGUGAUAGCUUGAAGAGACUACAUACUGAAUCACAUGCCCCUGCUAAUUUGGAAAAGUUCUUUAAAAAGGUAAAACUAGAUGCUGGUGAUAGUAAUGGAUACAGAGCAAACCUUAAUAUGGCUCAGGGAUAUUUUGGGGCUGAAACCCGAAAGCUGUUGGUCUCCAAUACUCAAAAGGAGAUUCUGAAGAAGCUAAGCGACUCCAAUAUGUAGAUCAACUGAGGAAAAUACUUGACUGGGAUAAUAUAGGUAGAACAACAAUAUGCAAAGGACAUGAUGGUAAUAGAAGUGACCUGUGUGUCCUUGCUGUUCAUCUAAUUUCUUUAACAAAACCCCCCUUUUGUUUGUUUAGUAAUGAAUGUGUUUUGCCAUUAUAGAAGAUUCCUUUUUAAGUCCUUUAUCUGACUAUACUGUUGUUCUGGGGCACAAGCUUAGUAUGAUCUGUGAUUUUAUCAAUUAGAGAAAAGCAAAAAAAUUGUUUUA